AUGCCUGAGGACUUAUCAAAUUCAUAUAAAAUACGUCCUAACUUCAAGCAUAAGUAAGUAAAAAGCUUUUGGCCUGUUUAAACCAAACAGAACAGUUGAAAAACGUAGAGUUGUGCUGAUUACGUUGGGCUUUUAAUAUGUGAUGUAACUGUAAGCUUGUACUGUGUUCAUAGAUUUCGCCCUGCUGCUGUUAAAGCAAUAAUUCAUGAUGUUUUGAAUGAGGAAUUGUCUGGAAAGCAGUAUAACUCAGAGGAGGCAACUUCAUGGAGUCAACAUAUUUCAGAUACAGUGAAGGAUAAGCUGAAAGGUAAGCUUUAAUAUUGAGCAUUUUGAAGGCUCUAAAUUCGAGAUUGCUUCUGUUGGGUCGGACAUCGAACUUAAGGGGUUUCAAUAACCGUAACUUGAAUCAGACCAAAAAGUAGAUUUAAGAAAUUUUCUCCUGAACAAAGCUUAAUAUACAUUGUGAUUCAAAUUUUUAAUUCCUUAGUUCGUCACUUUUGAAGAUCAACGUUUGUCCCAGAGAUGAUGCAACCUUUAAAAACUAUAAACCGUUUGAACUUACCUGACCUCUCAGGGAAUUCAGUUCUUAACUUGGGGGGAGGGAGGGAGCUGGUCGAUUUGAAGAGGGUACAUGCCAAAAAAUAUGGCUUCAAAGGGGGGGUCACCAAAAGAAUUCUUUCAAGUUUUGCAGUGACGGCAUCUGUGGGGUCUGGGGCUGCACUUUUAAAAGUAAAUAUUUAAGUAGAAUUGAUAAGCUCUUUGCUAGGUGUUAUAAGUUAGGUUACUGCUAAAGCAGUACAGUAUCUUGGACAUUCGCCGUAACAGAGAUAUGAAGUUAUGGCGAAGGAUCUCUUCCACUGCGUUGAGCGAUCUUUUACCUCCCCAGCGUUUUUGCUAUUCUCGUUGCCGUUGCCGUCAUUUUUGCUUUAGCGUUUCUGAUGUUCAGCCUAAAGUUCACAUUUUCCCCGGGAAGCAUGCCCCCAGACCCCUACUUUAUUAUGUAAAAAAAAGCAAUUGUACCCCACCAGAAUACCAAAAAAAAUUGAACAUAUCGUUGCGAAAAAAAAUUAUAAAUUAUAUUCACUUCCACAAUAAAAAAAUGGAAUGUCUCUUGCCAUUGACAGCACUUAAGCUAUCACCACUUAACUACUUAGGCAGUUUUAUUUUGUUACUUCAAGUAAUGUUUGCUUAGUGUUUAUAGUGUUCCCAUAAAUGUUUGAGUACAGUGUAGUGCAUUUUUAAUGUUUACCUUUUAUCGGCAGAAAUAUUUUUUUGCCUAUGGCCGACCACCAAACAUUUUCCAAUUUCAUCUCAUGAGUUGUAAAUUUUAAAUUGUAAAUAUCUUAUUAUCCACUCCCCUCAGGGCUUUUCAGGGAUAAUUUACAACACUGGUUGGGGGACUUUGCCAGACUGCUUAAGGUGCAGUUUACAAGUAGUGAAGGAAUGAGUAAUGAUGCCCCCAUACAUGAGUGUGAAAGUGAGAUAGGCCACUACACCGGGCACUACGUGCCCUACUCUUUACGAAGAGUGUGUGGGUUCUUUAACGUCCCACAGAUUUAAUACAUGUGCAAGGGCUUGUGAGACGGGGCCUACGGUUUAUCGUCCUUAUCCGAGAAGACUAGAAAGUCUAGCCGUUUGCAGAUAUUAUUACAAAGGCAGCACUUUCUCCUCAGUUAUUUAAAGACCCUGAGUGUUGGUCCGGCCGGGGUUUGAACCCGCGACCUCCCGCUCAGUAGACCGGCGCUCUCCCAACUGAGCUAACCAGGCGGCGGUUUGAGAAUGAGUUGAGAAUGAGUAGGGAAUUUUGUCGUUCAUUAACCAGAAGUUGGCAUGAGAAUCAUAGGUUUUUAUAGGCACCUGUUCGGGCUCCUUGUAUGAAAUUUUGGUCACCGACGGGCGAACGUAGGCGCCCCUGGCGACUGGGAGCCGGUUGGGCAGCAGCCUUGGUUAAUGGUCCUUUUUUUGCAAAAAAACUUGAGAAUCUUUUGUUUUCAAGCGAGGUUGGGAUUGGGCAAUCGCAAGUGCCCUGGUUCAAGUAGUUGCACUAUAAUGCAUAGGCCCCAUAUGCAUAAGGGAGAAUUAAAGCAUUCAGCAGAUGUACCAUCCCGUACGAUACAGAAGACGUUAAAACAGCGCUGCUUUAGCGACUUAUUAGCGCUGCAACGAGCGCUGCAGAAAGGUUGCACGAACGCUGUUUUCCGUUCGCUGCAGCAGUGCAUUUUUGUGACUGCGUGAACGCUGCGGUAGCGACACUGAGAGCUGCAGGAGCGCUGCCGUAAAGAUGCAAAAAAAUAGCCACACGAGGCCAUACGGUCGAUAAACAGCUUUUAUGCAGCGCUGUGCAGCGUUAGUGAAGCGCUGCCAAGAACAGUUGUACAAAAAAAAGAAAUGCAGACUUCAACAAUACAAUAAUCAUGAGACAUGGUAAUAAAGGAGUUGACAAGAGGCCUUAUAGUAGCGGAGUAAAAACCACAAGAAAUACAAAAUGCAACUGAUACUUUAUUAGUAUUCACGCGUACACGUUACAAAAGCAGGUGACAUAUAAAAAAUCUACGACAGUCUCGCUUUGUAAAUAUUCAGCAAUCACGGUCACUCAUCUAAAUGUAAGAACAUCCAUUAACAUGCCGACAUUGAAGUUUAUCUUUUUUUAAAAUAAAGAGAAUAAGAGCGAUUGUUCUACAUAAAGUUUGCACGGACAGCAGCCAAAUGAUGUUUUGAUUCGUUGCAACAGCCUAACAUCGCUCACCUUGACGUUUUGUCCAUGAUCCACGAUCUGCCGUCACUGUUUUCAUGAAAGAAAUCAACCCAAUUUUACCUUGGUCGUCGUUAAAUUUACAAUGGACUAAGGAACGUACAUCAUCGUGAACGUUUGAAUCUUGUAAAUACAUGCGUACCCCAGCUCAGAUUCUUGUAUCUGUGUUGCUUGCUCUGGUUCGAUUAAAUCGGUACUUGGCGUAGAAUUCACUGAACAGUGCCGUUGUUUACAAAUACCUUUGAGCUGUUCCAUCCAAAAACAUCAACAGAACUUCCACCUCGAAACACUGAACUAGAUGCUAAACACUUACAAUGUAUGAAUGUUUGCGCCUUUCAUUCAACGGUCGCAAAUGUUUGUCCAGCGAUGUAAUGUGAUCUGAUGCAAAAGUGCCGACCAAUUAGAUUACAGCCUAGAAUGUCUCCAGGGAAUUAGCGAUAACAUUCCCACACUCGCCAGUCACGGAAUAAAAUUUAUUGAAAUCUUUAUUCCAAAAGCAUAGAAUUUGGAGGUUUAUUCAAUAAGUGAUCUUCUCUGCGUACAAGCUUACUCACAUUUCUUAGAGGUACAGUCAAAGUUUUCUCGUUAUGAAAGCCGUAAUCUGUGGCAAAAGGCUUUUCUGGCGGUUCAUGUUAUGAGCGCUCAAGAACGUUGUGCUAUCAGAUCCAAGGUAGCUGAAUUGUAGCGUUACUGCAGCUAUUGAAAGUCGGCAACUGCGCUGCAAAACUGCUGCCGAGAGCUUCAAAGGCAGCACCAGCGCUUUUGCAUCCCGCUGCAACUUGGAUUAAGCUGUUGUUUGGCUUCUAAAAUGCUGCUAAACAGCUGUAAUUUAGCUGUACAGCUAUUUUGUGGCGCCGUACAGCGCUGCAAGUUUCGUACGGGUUUGCUCUCCAGGGUUUUAAUUUUGAAGAUCUUUAAGUCCUUAUUUGGUAUCUGCAGCGUUGUGCAGCGAUAAUGCAGCCUCAAGCGUCGCUUGUAUUCAGGUUGUCAUAUGGAGUGGUUUCAAUGUUUAUAUCUAAGUCUCAUUGCAGCUUUUAAGCAGCGGCCCGCAGCGCUGCUUUACCGCUGCUUUACCGUGGCAAAAUUUUGCAGCGCUUUCGCAGUGCACGAAAUGUGACGAUCUCUGCUUUAGCGACUCACGAGCACUGCUUUACAGACGCUUAAGCACUGUGCAACCAUAAAAGUGAACUGCUGCAGCGCUGCGGCAGCGUUGCGUCGUUCGUACGGGAUACUGAAGGUUACGGGGAGAAUAGGGUGACUAACCGAUAUGGUACCAACAACUUUUUUUCUUAUCAUUUUAAGGGGGAUGGAUUCUCUUGUGUUGAUACAAAUUGUUAGCCUGAGAAGUAAAGCCAGUUGGUGGUGUCUCAAAAUGUUGGCUGUUAUCUCAGGCUUACAAACUGUAUACACUGGAAUAUUUGAAAACUAGCUUUACCAUUUGCUGAGUAAUACAUAGAGGUGGUUUUACAGUUUGCGAGCUCAGCAAAGGAAGAAAAGAAUCCACACAUGCAGUCCAUUGAGAUUGAUAUUAAUGAUGUACAUCUGUGGCUCACAUCAGUUAAUUAAUUAUAAAUGUAAAUGUGAUGCCAUUGGUCAAUUAAUGUGAAGUAAUAUUAAAAAUUCUUUGAGAAGUAAAGUGUGGUACAAUAGCAAGCAAUAUGACAACCACAGGUGCCAGGAUUAGUAUGCAUUCUUAACGAUGUAGCUUGUGGAUACAGCCAUCUCUCCUCACUCCUUGCCACUAGGGAAGUUUUGCAGGCAAGAUACCAGCGUUUCAGGCCUAGGUUCCAUACUGAUGGCAUAAGUCAAUGUACAUAACUAAUCUGGUAGUCAUACCUUGCUGAGCAUGUAACUAAAGCUUACCCACCCAAUAGGCAAGGGUUCAGGCUUAAGUCAUCCUCCAACAAAAUCAUUAACCACCUUAUUAUAGGAAAUUAAUGAUGCACUUUAUUAAUCGCGUUAAUUUAAUGCAUCUUAAUUUCUGUCAGUGUUAAUUAAAUUCACACUAUUUUACAUCAAUGUUGUUUUACAGCACCUUUAUUUCAAUAACAAAACCUCGUCUGCUCAUAGUUCCUCUCUCAACACCUCGGAGUCACUAUCUGACAGUUCUUCUUUUAGAAUUAAGUUCAAAAUGUCUUUCAACUGGUCUUCGUAUUGAUCCGUCCUGAGGGGAUAGCUAACUUAUUCAGUCUUUCUUCUUCUUCUUGGAAAUGCUGCUGUUUUUUCCUUUAAUAGAUAUGUAUGUUGAGAAGUUUGUAUUGCAACAAAUUCGCAUAAGGUAAAGUUAGGAGCACAUUGUUUUGGAAAAUUUGUGUUAAUUUGUGUAACUUACAUUUUCUUCGCACUGUCAACGUGCAUCAUUAAUUUUCUAUGAUAAAGUAAGACAAGCAGAAUGUGGCCUCAGGCAAGCAAAAUGAGAGAGCUGCUUGCCACAAGGGGCAAACUGGAAUUUAAGUUUUUUUAGCCCCGUGUUAUCAAUGAGAGAAGUGUAAGCUGGAAGGACCCUUUAAUCACAGAAAAAGUUACGGUUUCUAGUGCAAACUUCCUACUUGUACUUAGAAUUCCACUGUACUAUUUUAACAAAGAAGGCCAGAACAGUUAUGCUCUGGUGUCAAGCUGAGUCUUCCCAUUAUAGAUGGCUACAUAAUUAUGAUAAUAGGCCAUUAAUUACAGUUGUGGGCUUAAUAACCUAGUCUUUGAGUGAAUGUGAAUUAAGGUGAGUUUGAUCGUGUUUUGAUACAAACCUGCUUCCUUUUCUUAUGGAAAUUAUGCUUAAAAAUACUAGUUUGCAUAAAACCAACAUAAUAAGCAGCAAGGGUUAUACCAAUAGAAGGUAAACUCUAACCUUGUUUUCUUUUUUUUAUUAUUAUUAUUAUUUUAUUAUUUUUUAUUAUUUUUUUUGUUUUCAUCUGCAACUGUAAAAUGGUCUGUGGAAAAAUAAUAGCUGUACCAUGUAAAGUUUGUGCAAAGAACAAAAGAUAAUGCAAAAGUCAGGUUUCCAUGAAGUACUACCUAUAUGGUAGUUUAUUAAAUAGUGUCGUGGUGAUUUCCUCAGUGGCAUAUUUGUUUUCCUCAGGUCUUAUGAUUGUAAAAUUUUGAGUUCUUCUUUCAACUAGUGCCAACAAAACUCAAAUACUUUUUGUUAGACCUAUUCCAAGAAUAAUAACUGUUUUUUGGUCUUUUCAUCAUGCUUACGUUUAAACUGUGUGACCUUUUGUCUUUUGUCUUUCAUUAGUAAAUAAUGGCUGAAAGAGCAUAAUAAUAUUACAACUUUGUCAACCAACCAGAGCUCCUUACCAUGGCUGUUAGUGCUCUGUUUCUUCUUGGGAAGACUCUGUUCCUUGGCUAGCUUGGGAGAGGUCACUUUUUUCACUUUCUGCUUGCAAAUUUCUAUUACCUUGUUGAAGAAGGCUGUAAUGGUGGCUAUACUUUUCCACAUUUUUGGUUUGAACCGAGCCCGUUCUGAUUGUACACUGCAGAGAGUGGCACCCCCCUUUUAUAGAAUGUUAGUGAAGGCAUGGCUACUGAGCGUCUUCCUUCGUAAAUAGUAAUCCAUCUUACAUCGUCUCUACAUAGCACCCACAUUGACCCCUCACAGACCCUACAUCGACCCCAAAUCGACCCUACGUGAUCAAAGAGAGAGGGUUGUACAGCAUGUACAAGUAUUUUCAGACUACGAAAGAUAGGGACUGUAGGUCACAUUCUAUCAUGCUUCUGCCUCUUAAAGAUUAGGGUUCGUCAAAUGACAUCUUAGAAAAGGAGUAAACCAAAAAAAGAACUACCACUCAGCAUGCAAGUAAAGUAGUGUCCAAUGACCUGGGGCUAGUGGAUUUUGCUAUCAUGCUGGUGAGUUUUGUUCUUAAGUUGCCCAAUAGGUAAGUGAUGUUUUUCGGGGGGAUUCAAAUCAUAAAAGAACUUUUAACAAACCUGCUCAUCAAAAAUUGCAUGUUUUUUGUGCUAGUUGAAAUGAAUUUUGGGCUAGUACAUGCCCGAAUGGCAAGCUGUAUUUGCACCUGCCACCCUGACUCACAUUUCUGCACCUUAUUUGCAUUAUGUUGUGACGUCUCUAAGAUUUAUCUGCUAUAACAAUACUCAUCAUAUCAUUGAAAUGAAGACAAAUCAACUGAAGGUUAUUACUUUUAUCAGACAACAUGGAAAAAAGAUAGAUCAUUUGCAAGACAUUUGCAUGACAUGUUUUUACUACUAAGACCAGGUUUCAUGUCAUUUUUCUUUCAUAUAUUUGUUAGGUUAUUCCACCCUGAAGAAUUCUGGUAUUAGUAAUUAAAUGACGCCAUCAUGCAAAUGGCCUAUUAAUGCCAGUUGCUGCCAAAUGAGUGUGGUGUGUUGUGCAACAAAAGAAAUUUUAACUGGGGGAAGAAGUAAACAGCAUUUAAAGCCUAAGGCUACAUGUAGGGAAUACAGUGACUUAAAGAAACAAAAUGAAAUGUUCACACAAGCCACAAAAUGCUGCAGUUUUUUGUGACUACCUUGUUUUAAUUAUUCAUUGCAGAGCUGGAACUGGACAGAUAUAAAUUUAUUGUUCAAGUUGUCAUAGGUGAACAGAGGGGUGAAGGUGUGAAGUAAGUCAAAUAGAGCACAUAAAAAAUGAAAUUAAAAAAAACAUCACGUAAUUAAUUUUCAUAUUUAAACCUCUUGUCAGGUGUAAUUUUUUCCAAUCCAUUCCCACAGAAAGGCACUGGUUCAGAUCCCCAAAAUAUCCAGAUUUAUCUUUGCCCUUCUAGUGACUCCUCUUGCAAUAGAGAGAAGAAGUCGUUACGUCACGUUGCCAUGGUAGCAAAAUUUCCGCAUGACAACAAAUCAAAAAGUCAUUAAAAAAGUGGAUUUGCACUGUUUCAAACUUCGUUGAUCCUUUUUAAUUUGUCAAAUGUUGACAAAAUUUUCUGGGUCAAAUCUGAACGGUCCGUAUCUAGGUUGAGAAAAUGAAAAAGAAACUUUUUGUUUUGUGCUCACCUACUCCUUAAAGUGGGCCCAUAAAAUUAGGAAGUUUCAUGUCGCAGUCAUGCUACAACAGCUAAGAAAUGCACAAAAAGCGUGGAUCUGCAUAUGCAAAGUUGUUUUUUUUUUGCCAAUCUAAACCUAUUGUUUCUUUGCUGUUUGCCGUCGCCAUUACAAAAACUCCCCAUUGUUGUUAUCCAGAAAUUUUGCAACCAUGGAAACGUGAUGUCACACUUCUCCCCUCUAUUGUCAAACAAAAUAGCCUGUUGCUGCCCCCUCACCUCAGGAAAAAAUCCUGCGAUAGGCUGUGGAAAAAAAAUGAUUCAUUUGGAUUUUCUCAAAGAAAUGCACCUUAACCUGCAGUACAUGUUCAGGUGCAGUGAAAUUUUUGCUUUUAUGUUUUCCAGUUAGUCCUUAAGUUUUCUUUACUGACUGGGUAGUAGUUUAGCAUUAGUGGUUUUAUAGUCUAGCAUAGUCCCAUCAGUUUAAUAAAUCAUAUCAAAGGCUGGGCACAGUGUUCAUCACAAGUCAAACACUGAAAAGAAAGUUGAAAAUAUGAUUCAGAAGAAAACUUGAUUUUUCAAAAGAUUAUGAGAACAAGAUUUUCUCAAUGCUUAGUAAUGGUCGUGCAUGAUCCAGCAUCAUUUUCGCAGGGAAACAUGAUAGCUGUCAUCAUUCUACCACAAUUUUUAGCAAGAAUAUGGUAGAGGUGGAAACAAGUCAUCAAAUGAUAGACGUUUUAUCAUUUUGUCAUCGGGAGAGGACUUAUCCUCUCCUUCAAUAAGGAUGAAAGUGCUAACUUUUCCGGUGAAAAAGUACAAUGAAGCUUUCUAGGAUGUCUAUUUUUUUAGAAUAUGAAAAAAAACUUGAAGUCACAUCUUGUAGUGGCAGUUGUUCUCAUUCUUGAAUCUAAAGCAGGGAUCGAAAUAACAGCCCUUUCAACAAACCAUGUCUGAACUGAUUACGGAGUUGACCGGUCAACCUUUCGUCUUACCAGUGAUGUUGACCGGUCACAUUUGAUUGUAUUGAAAAUGAACUAAAUUAAAAUUUCCAUGCUGUUCAGUUGUUUCAGUUGUUAUCAGUACAUGUGUGUAGCGAGUUGCUGUGUAUUGCGGAACUUUGAUCUGAAAUCUUGGGUGAAAUGCAACUAGAACAGUUGUUUACAAUUUGCACAUUGAAACAUGAGCAUAUUUUCAUUUCGACACUGUGAUUUAUUUUUAUUGUUGACAAUGAGUGCUUUAAGCUGUAAGCUCUAAACAACGACUGUUUUGGAAAUAUAUAAUGCCAGUUUUUGUUCAUGAGUCAAUGAUUUAAGAGUUAUUUAUCUUAUAAAUUUGACUGGCCAGAAACGAUACGUGACCGAGCUAAAAUGAAUUUGGCCGGACAUCGUGUCCAGAGACUCAACUAAAAUUAUUUUGAGCCCCUCUAAAAGUCUCCAUUAUUUACCAUAACGCAAAACGAUUUUAGUGGGAGAUGAUUAAUUAAGAAGGUAAAAUGAGGAGUUUUUGAUUGAUUUGCAGACACUCAAAAAAAAACAGUACCAUAAAUGAUCGAUUAAGUGCCAGUACUCGAAUAAGCACCGCAGUGCUAAUUUGAGUACUUUUGUUACGGCACUUGAUAUAAAGAGAUAUCAAAACCAUAUUGCUUGAGAAACAAGAACUCAACAAACUCGUGAGUUCUACAAGUUUUAAUUUAGGGAAACUCUUGAAAACGGGUUCAUACAAUGUAUUUUAUUACUAUACUAAUUUGUGCGCACCUCACUUAAUUCUCUCUAUAUUCCACUCGGUGUUUUACCUGUAGUUGAAAUAAGCACCGCUCUCUAAUAAGCACCGUACCUAUAACAGGGAAAAUGAAAUAAGCGCUGCGGCCCUUAAUCGAUCAUUAAGUAAGUAAAUUUUGUAACAUUAUUUUGGGGAGUGGGAGGGUAGCCAGUGUCACAAAAUUAAUAUCACGUUAGCUUUACUGGCUAAGAGUUUUGUAGGGGCGGAUCUAGGGGAAGGGUGCAGGGGGUGCGCACCCCUCCCUGAGAUGACCUGCGGUUUUCUAAUACAACUGGUAUUCUGCAAAAAAAAAAAAAGAACUAUGUGGUUUAUUAGUGUUGAAGUAGAGCAAGAGACGAGUCCCUCCUAAAAAAAAUCCUGGAUCCGCCCCUGUUUUGACCUUCACAAAAUCAACUAACUAAAAAUGCAAUAUAACCUAUUCUUUUAAAUCUUUGUUAAACUUUUGUUUUUAGGGUUGCAUGUAGGUGUCUUUGGGAUUCCGACACAGAUAAUUAUGCACAGGAUAUUUUCAUGAAUGUAAGUCUGAUUUGUCUUGUCGUCAGUAGUGUAUCACUGUGGUCGUCCUUACUAGUUAUUUUACAGUCUUAUAAUCAUUAGGAUUAUUUAGCAACAGAAUAGGAACAUCUUCAGUUGACUACAGUGCACACAAAUCAAACAACUGACUUGACCAGUGGCAGAGUAGCAGAAUGUGCACCGAAAGUCGCAUGUAGUCCUUUCUGUGCACUUUACCAUCAUCAACAAAUGUUCCUUUUCUGUUGCUGAAUCAGUCUAUUAGAUAGAAAGAUAGACAAUAGAUACAGCUGUAGUUUAUUUAUAAUCACAAUGCAACCGAGAGGUUGAAUUAGGUUAUUAUUUACAAAUAAUUUUGAUUACUUAAAAAUACUACCACAAAUAAGCUAAUUUAGAAAGAAAAAUGAAAGAAGCAAAUAAUGGAAACAAAACAUGAAUACAUUACAGUAAAGUUGUGAUUUGUUAAGAAAUAAAAAAUAGAAAUCCACAUGAUAAAGAGCAAUCAAAACUUCUAAAAACUGCAGAUCGGGAACUCAGUUUAAGCUUUGAGGGCAUUGGACAUUUGUUACAAACUAAGGUGAUUCCUACUUGCAUAUCAGGUGAAAGUUUCCAGCAAUUUUUAGCUCUUCUUCUUAGAUUUAUUGAUUACAUGUAUCCCACAAAUUUACGCUUACAUGUAUCAUUGGCAGACAGGUCAGGUUAAUUGUCUUGAUGUAAGAGGUUUACUUGCCACAGCAUCCUCGUCUGUGGUAUAUAUGUAACUCAAAAGCAAGCUUCACUAUCCAAUUUUUUUGUCAAAAUGUGGUAACAUAAGCCAAAGUCAAAAUGAUUUGUUAAGUUAGAAAAACUCUAGGGAAGGGUUCAGAGCCCCUUAGACCCCUUGAAUUUGUGAGAAAAAUAUUCUUGACAAAAAGUUGAUUGAAUCUUGAAAAGUUUAUGAUAAUUCAACAAUAAAGCUUGGCGUAAGUAAAAUUGUUUGAGUUAGACACAAUUAAAACUGAAAAUUAAGGGCUCUACUGUUGCCAUGGUGACUCAAUGCAAAACUUUCUUUAACUUUAGCACCAUGCAUUCUUUUUCAUUCUUUGCUGCUAAUAAAUUCUUUAAAACAAAAAAAAAACAAACGGAAAGCUCGUAAAGCUGACAAAAUGGUCGUUGCUUGUCUUAAGAUACAGUAACAGACACCAUCCUUGUAACAUCAACUGAAAAAUAGUAUAAGUAUUGGUUCACCAAAGUUUAAGUGCAGAAAACUGUCAUGAGCCACCUUACAUCGUAAAAAACAAUAUUCUUUCAGUCAAAAAAUUGGGAUUGCUUUUAGCCCAGAUAACAUAAAAUACUAACAUUUGAACAACUACCUCGAAAGUUUGAUUUUUGCUAACAAAGCCGACCGCACAAGUACAACCGCACUCCCUCAGUCAGCGAUGUAAGAACUCAAGUAAACCGAACACUCGCAAAUUUCUACAAUGUGCAUAUAAAGUUUUACACGCAAAUUUUCCUAAUUUACCUGUAUGUUCUCGUGUAUUUUUGCGUGUAGUCUUUUACACGAGUGUUUCACGCGUGUUUUUCGGGUGGAAUUUGCGUGCAAUAUGGAGGAUUUCCACCCAUGAAAAACGCGUGUAAUGCUGCAAUGCCCGUGGCUUGUACUGUAACCUUGGAUGGAAUGCUAGCUGAAAGCAUGAUACCCUGUAAAUAGGCUCCUGUGGAAGCAUGCUGAGGGAACUCACCCUUCCCCUCCCCACACGGUGAGAGAACUACCCUUUCCACUGCCUGUCUGCUCAUGCUUUCGAGCGUUCUUGUCAUCCUACAUGUAUACCCCACAAGACAAUUAAGAAAUUUCCUGCAAUUUUGUCAGUCCUAUUUUAUCGACAGUCCACGGUCAGUUUUAUUGACAAUAUUGUAUUUCAUGUGUCCACUUUUAUUUCUUUACAAGUUAGAUUACGCGGCUAUUACUCGAAUGAGCGCCGCAGCGCUUAUUAAUUUUUCUCACAUGGCUCCAAUUUGAAGGCAGGGCUUACAUUAAUGAAGAUAUUUUUUAAGGGUCCAUUUCCUUUCUUAUGAAUAUCAGCAUUUGCAAAUGUUCAAAAACGACAAAAAUCAGCAAGCAGGGGUUUCAACAAAAAUUGAAGUAGCCAGCAGGUUUGAAAAAAGUAACCAACUGUAUCAAAAAGAGGCUUUUACUUCCCUUUUUCUAGAGGGGUCUGGGAGCGUGCACCCCUUGAAAAUUUCAAAAUUUCAAUUCCCUAAAAUGCGAUUUCCAGCGUUCUGGGCGCUAAAUUGAGUACAAAAGAUAAUGUGUUCAGCGUUCCAGCCAGAAAGUUCUGCUUGAGGGCCAAAGUGGCCCCUACAACCCAUUUUUGGGGGCUAGAUUUUUCAAGCAAGGGCCAAUAUCUUUCUAAUAUGCAAAAGAAAAGAAACAGUUGGGAAGUUAAAUAAAUUAAAAUGGCAGUUUAUUUAAAGCUGACAUGGAGCAUUCCUUUUCAUACACAUUAGAGUAAAUCUUCGGCAAUAAAGCAAACACUACCACAAUCAGAAAUAGUAAGUACUUUUUUUCAUUGCUGAAUCAUGCAUCACAUUAAAAUGAAUAGCUGAAAUCGUUCAACGAACGUCUGAGCGGAAUUUUUUUCCAUACGAGCUUGUUUUUGCUUCGGUUCGUUUCCUCAGCUCCGCUACACCAUCAACGUUUUCCAGUUCACCGUCAAGAUAUUCUUCUGUUUGCUUCUUCUUUUCGCUUCGCCGCCAUCCACGUAUUCGUUACUUACUGAGAAAUAAGUUGCGAUAGACCUUGAAGAUGGGUUUGCCAGGUUUAAUCUCCCAAGUCGAGUCUCAGUGCUCUCCACUCAUGGUAAAUCAGGUAAACAUGUUGGCCGAUCCAAAAAGAUUUAUUGAUUGAUUUUCAUGUUGUGUAAAAAGGUACGGAGUUGUUGUUCUUUAGAUUAAAAAUUCUGUUUUAAUGGAACAUUAUUGUAGUUGAAGUAACAGAGACGUUUUAAGCUCUGGGAAUUAAAAAAGGAAAGGGCCAUAAUGGCCCUUGAACGCUUUUGUUGAGGGCCAUCUCUCGAUCUUUCGCGGGAUUCACGCAAUGGCGCACUCUGGCUGGAACACUGAGUGUUUUGGAUCAAUUUGGACAAGUAAUGCACAUUAAGUCCCAAAUUUUGCUUAAAUAUUUUAAAUCUGAAGCAAAAAGUUUGUCUAGGUCCAGCUAAUUGAAUUUUACUACAACUUUUGACAGAAUUUUUCUUUAAUUUAAUACUUUAUUUACGCCCCCCUUCCCUCCGAAAAGAAUGUUUAUUAAAACUGCAUCGCAGCCAAAGGCUGAAUUACGCAAUUAUUUACAAAAACUGUACAAUACUUGAAAAUUACAAAUGAAUCCUCGAUAAUAAGUCAAAAACUGAUUUUUAAGAUAAUAUUAAAAAUUCUAUAUAAUACAUUCAUAUUAAAAGAGGGUGUGGUUCAUUUCAAAGGCGGCGCUUAUUCGAGUAAAUACGGUUGGCUCAAGGGGAAACUGUUGCAUUCUUUUAUUGUAACGGCCUGGAUGUAAAGUGAAAAGUAAAGAGUUAACUGAUGAGAAAUCCAUUGGGAAUUUAUCAUAAAACAACCCCCAAAACAAACAAAGUUAAGCCCGUCUCACUAAUCAUGUAGCUAGAUGAGGUUGUUAACACUACUUGCUUACUCUGGAAAGAUAUUACAUGCCAUAACAUGCAAUGGAAUUUGUUAAUUUUUACAUUAUAUCUCUUUGGUGAUAUAAACUAAGAAAUUAAUGAAGUAGAAAGUAAAGUUCAAGCACAAUAGGAUUCACGUAUAACAUUGUGUUUAAUUUUAAUUCCCGACAUCGACGAUCAGCGAAAAAAGUCUUCCUCGUUCCUUCCAAAUACCUUAUUCUACCAAUUUUCGCGAAAUUUAAAACUCGCUAAAAUUAGAACUGGAAUUUUGCCCGAAAUUAAAAUAGCAACAUUUUUUAUACCAUAUAAUGUUAUCAAACAAUGCAAUUUUUAGAAGAGCUGUAAGUCGUGAACGUGAUGUCAAAAGUUCUGGAAAAAACGGAAUUUUUCGUAACUUUACAGUCUUCUUCCCCGUUUUCACUAUCAUCUCUAUUUCUCUUUGUAGUCUAAAUCUUUCAAAAACCUCGUUUUUGUAAUCAUGGAACUAUAUUCUGUCGUUUCCGGUUUCCCUGUAUAAAGCCCUGGCCUUUUUUGAGAUUAUAGAAAUGAGAAAGUCCUGAAAACUAAUACGCUUUGGUUGUUUUGCUGACCCGAAACCGCGAAAUGAAACACUAGCGAAAUACAGCUUCCGAAUUUUUCGUGAUAUUAAGCACGCGCGAAAAUGAGUAAGAUGUAGCGGGUCCCUUUUAGUGUACUAUCACGAGAAUCAUCCAAUGUUUUCGUGUGAACUACGAAAGUGGACUCAAGGAUGCACGAAGGAAGCGAUAUUUGAAAAACAACAGAAGACAACGAUUUAUUCUCCAACGUACGAGGAAACCAAAGUAAGGUUUUUUGAGCUGUUGCUGAUUUAAGCUCUCAAACUUGAAAACGCUAGAAUCAGUUUAUCUUGCUUAGUUUCUUCAGUGUUGUAUUCUUUAUAAGCUAUUUCUCUUUUAGCUGUCAUUUCUCGGUAAUCCCUUUGUGGAGAUCUUAAUUUAGUUGAUGCUUAAUUAAUCUGGUCGUAUCCAUGCAUAGUUGUCAUUUCAUAUAUUUCGGCCUGAGGAUUUCAAUACUCUGUUGGUGCAGAUUAUGAAUGAUGUUAAACAGUACUAUAGAAGUUUCCUUAAGUGGCGGUUUGCCACGAACCAACUCUAUUACAUAACAAACAAUCAGUCUAAAAUUGAAAAGCUUGGGCCUUUAUGUAACUAGACAGUUAAAACCUGAAGAUAUACUCCAAAACUCUGUAUUGUAGUAUACUGAAAUUAAAAUAUAGUCCUUCUAUUUUAAAGCACAACAAAGGCUAAAUGAAAUUUGCAUCGGUUAACAACAAUAGUAUAUUUCUCCAAAAACACAUGUUCGAAUCGAUCGAUCUUUGCGUCCUGCGGGACGCAUGUCAUUAAUUAUUUUGGGGAUUUUGGGGGAUUUUUAUGCUUCAGGGACACAGGACGCAGAGGUAUCAAAAUCACUGAAAAAGAUCUUCUUUGACGAUCUCAGGUUCACUCUGGUAGAGGAGAUCAAAGUUGUUGUUUGUUUACGUUGCUUGUUUACAUUGCAUUCUUAAAUCACUCAUUUUCCUUACCAGCCUAAGCAAUAAAAAAGUUUUUUAAACUAAAAUUUCUACACCUUCUUCAUGCAACGUAUGGAAUAGAGAAAGUAGGGAUUUUUUCGCCAUAACCUGGCCUGUGGAUGUUUUGGUCGCACUAAGCACGUGGCGUCAAAGAAUCGGUCCUUUUUCACCCUCCGCCGCUCGCACGUAGUGCCGCACCCUGUUUGCGUUCUUUCCGAAACAAAGGUGUGUUUAAACAACAGUCUUGCAAAGCAGAGAGUUGUUUUCGCCGCUCGGCUGCUUUGCAACAGGUGUUUAUAAAAUGAACAUUCGCGAGUCCAGCUGAGUAGAGACAAAAUUGUCCAACAUUGUCUGCUUGUUUUCCGUACAGUUCCAGACUCGUCGAAUUCCUUUGUUUUUUUUUCUGAUUGUGUGGUUUGUUGCUCAUAUACGUUUUGUUUUGUUUCGCAGUUUUUUUUACCGAUCUAGCGUUUCGUUCCCAAGAAAGAAGCAAAAUUAGAAAUUAGCAAUCAUCUUUUGUUGAACUUCCAUAGAUAAGCAUCAUUAUAGUAAAAGGCAUAACAACCGUUUUUUUAAAAAAAUCAGUUGCCAAUUUGAAAAAUCAGUGCCAAAUUACAUUCUUUAAGAUUUGUCUUCGAGCGUGAAAAGAUUUUGACAGUCAACGGUUGUAGCAUUCCUUUUUCGAGCGCGAUCAAACCUUUAGUACCAGUACAAUCAACUUUAUUUUGAAGUAGGCAGACUACCGUGGCGAGAGCAGAACAAUGAAAGAACUAUCAGUUAGUUUUACAACUUUGUUUAGAUGAAAGCAUAAGAAAAACAUGGUACAAAACAACACGGGGAUUCUGUUCCUGCAUAGAGGAACCUAACACUGGGUUCAAAUCUAAAUCCCGCAUAUUGACGGUUGGGGGUAGAGUAUCUAGGAAGGCAGUUAACCACCUUAAGCAUCUACCUUUGGAUCAGAAAAACGCUUUCAUCUUUAUGACUAUCGCCAGUUCUUUUAAUAUCUACAAACGUUUUUCUUGCGUAACGGUGUCGUAACUGUAGCGUUUUCUUAUGAUUAUCGAGUUUUUAUACAUUUUGAAAUGCAUUCAACAUUGUGCAAUCUCAAAAAAAUUGAGCAAUCCCUUUUUGUCACGUUUUGGAGUUUCAGUUCUUCUCUGUAGUUAGCUUUGUUUCAAUUGUGCGAAGCAACUAACCUCAAUAACCGCAUUCAUGCGGUAUUUGUCAAAAAUCUCGUUGUUCCUUGGGAAUUUGCUUAGGAUAAUUGGCUCGCAAAACUCAAAUUUCAACGUGUCUCUGUAGCUAGUGGAACGAAUCCUUCUAGUGUCACAUUUUUUGUUUUUCGGUCUAUUUCAAACUGAAAUUUGAGAUGUUAUUUUCCUCUUUUUAAACUUUACGGUAUUCGAUGAAUGAAGAGCAAAACCCACAAAUUCCAUUUAUUACCCAGCGCGGUGGAAGAUGAUCUGCGUUGGCCAAAUUUGCAAGUUUUCGAGACAACGUAAUCUUGCAAUGCUCGACUGACCCCUCGCCGUAGGCGUUGUUUUAUAAACACCGCACGCUCAAACAAUGUCCUCCAGCCACGACAGGUGUUAGCAUUUUAACAAGAACAAUGAAUGUGUCGCUGCGUUAUCUUCUCUCGAGUUAUUCCCACGGUCUCCUUAAAUUCAGCCUUGUUAUUGUUAUAUGUUAUUGGCACGCAAGAGUGCACAAAAUGACUGUUCCGCAACACGAGGGUUUGUGGAGCAAUUUUGGCCCAUUGACGCUACAUGUGGUCGAAAUAAGGAGCAUAUGAUGUGCUUAAGCCGCUCUGAGCCCUUUCAUCAAAUUGAUCGGUGCCCUUUGAACGUGGCAAGGUCUUUUAAUCCACGCACGUUUCUGGACAAUUCUAGAUUACUAAAUCACGACUUUUGGAUCUGACUUGUCCUUGUGCCCUGGAUUUACUUGCAUAAUAUCUAGCUGUUCCAAUUAUUUUAGUUCUUUUUUUAACUUUGAACACUUAAAGAAGUCUUAUAGCUUGACCUUCCUGCCGAGGGGAGGGGGGUACUCCCUAUAAUGGCCUAUGCGGGGUGGCUACGCCCUAAAGGGGUGCCUUUUUUAGGCUUCAGGUAUAUGGAAGGGUAGGGAUUUCACUUGCUGAAGUAUAUGAAAGGGUUGGGAAAUCUCUCAUUUCGGCCUGUAAAGAGGCCCAAUAGGGCUAAGAGAUACAUUUUAUGGUUGUGAAAAAGUGGGAAACCUUCUGUUUUGAAAGACAGUGCAUUUACAGCAGUUUAAUGGGAUGUAAAGUUCGAAACUAUGCACGUGAAAGGGGUAUCAUUUGUCAAUAAAGCUCUACGAAAGGGGUUCCUUUUCUGUCGUAAACGGUAUAUAAAAGGGUAAGGGGUUGGACCACUGUCCCGAGCCUCCCUGUAUAAAACCCCUUCUGAGCUCCCCCGAUCCUCCUUGUUAUUACACAAGGUGGGUCUUAUGAGUGGGUAUAUGGAGGAAGUCGUUAAGUAUAAUGUGAUCCUUCAAUUGUGAACUGAAAGCCAUCGAACAGUAUUAGCCGUAAUUUUGUUUGUUUAUGCUGUAUUCCUGAAGUAUUAAGAAAGUCCGUUGUAAAGUAUGACCAUUAGUUUAAAAGUCUUGAGCUGUAUUUUAGCGUUGUAUUGUUUAUCGUACUUCGCGAGAUCGUGAGUAAAAUCCUGUAGUGUGGCCAUUCAGAUAGAGACGGUGGGCAAGGCAUUGUCGAGGUACUUUUGAUAAUGUUGAACAAGGUAGCGCUAGCUUAGCACUGACUCUGGAUGCAAUCAUAGAAUGCGACCGUUCUCAUGAUAUCUAAGGAGAACGUUCCUACAGUUCUGCUUGUCAUUCAUUAAAAGUUCUUCUUGAAUCAUCCUGGAACUUGCCCGAUACAGUCAAGGGACAUAAGUAUUCGUCACUUUCAAAAAAGAUGCUCGAAAUUUUCACCCCUGUUGUGCACACUGUCAACAGGAAAACUUGAUGCAGGGCGCGCGUUUGCUCAAUAAGGCCAGGGCGGAAAAAAAUAGCAAAAAUAGAAACAAACAAACAUCCGACCAAGAGCACGAAAAAAAGAAAGAAGAGCUGUUUUUUUUUUUUUGGCACUUCGUUUAUUCAGUCAUUCGACAUUAAGUUCAAGGUUACGUCGCUAAAAAAUGGUCAUGUUUUUUCGUUUUGCUUCUGAGAAUUUAUUUUAAGCUCUCAUGAGUCGAAAAGGUGCUGACCUGUCCACAAACUAUCACGAGUGUUCUAAGCAAGUACGGGAGGACUGGCACAGUGGAGACUUUGACGCGAAGUGGCAGGAAAAGGAGCUUCACAAAUAGAGACUGAAAUGAUUUAAAGCGUUUGGUUAAAAGUAACAGACGACUUACCUUGCAGGACAUUACUGCAAAGCUAAACGAGUGCAAAACAAAGACUUUCAGCCAGAAAACCGUGCAAAGAUUGUUGCAUUCGGAAGGAUGUAAAAGAAGGUUAGCGAAAAAGAAAAUGGUGGUUCGGGAAGCGAAUCGAAAAAAGCGAGUCAAGUGGUGUAAAGAGCGAACAGGUAGAACAGUAGAUAACUACUGGAAACAAGUAAUGUUUUUAGAUGAAAGUCAGAUUGUGCUCGGUACAAACAACCAUUACAUGUAAAUGUUUACAUUUGGCGAAAAGACGACGAAAAGUACAACCCACAUCUUAUUUGUUCUCGCUCUGAACGGAAGAUAAGUUUGAUGAUGUGGGGAUGUAUUUGUUACGACGGUGUUGGAACUCUGACUGCAGUUGAAGGCAACAUCAACGCUGCCAAAGUGCAUUGACAUCCUAGACAAGAACGUAUGGCCAGUAGUUGUCUGGUAUUUUGAAGGAAAAGAAUACUUGUUCACGGAUGACAAUGCGCCUAUUCACCGAGCCCACACUGUAGAAAAUUAUAAAGAUCAAAACGAAGUAUCCUCAACCGAAUGGCCAGCACAAUAACCAGAUUUAAAUAUAAUAGAAAAUAUCUGGCUCUACAUGAAGAGAGAGCUACAAAAGUCCGCGGUAGAUAUAUCGCUACCAAAACUGAUCCUCUGCGUGAAAUCCAGAACAUGUGGCGGAACAUCGAAUUGGAUUAUAUAAGAAACCUUUACCAGUCCAUACCUGACCGCCUAGACAAUGUCAUUAAAAUGAAGGGUCAUCUCAUUAAAUAUUAAAGUGAUUUUAAAGUCAGAUUUGCCGGUGUUAAAACAAGCGCGCGUAGAAUGUAAACGAACACCGCCAUAUUGAAAGCGACGAAUACUUAUGUCCCUCGACUGUAGCUUCCCUCUGGUAUUUUACGAUGAUGGACUUUCGAUGGUGGGCAAGUUCUUGCCGAAAAAAUGUCAACCGUGUCAUAAAAACUAAAUUCUCAAGUUAUCGCUUAAACCAUAGGAAACAAAAACGGCGCCAAGGCGGCGUCUCUGUAUUGUGGAAAUAAUUUGAGAUAAUUUCCUCGAAUUUGAGUUCAUUUCCGCAGCUUUUGUUUGCAUUUUUGUGUGCUUUACAAUUUAUGUUUAACACUAGUUGUUUUGGCUACGACAUAGAUCUGAACUUUUUGCAAAUUUUAAGACCACACCCAAAAGGCGUUCAUCUUCGAUGCAUUAAAACCAAAACGGCUAUGAAUCGCUGAUAUUUUUAUUACCUUAAACGGCCAGAAAGCGCUUAAAAAGGAAACAUCAACUAAAUUAUCCUAGUAUCGAAAAUGACUGCAAAAUUUGUACAAUAAUAAUAAUGUUACGAGUAACAAAAUUCUUCGUUGUAGUAUUUGUUUCGCAGUUAAAUGUCAUUCCUUUACUUUUGAACAAGCGAACGAAAGCACCCGAGCAAAUGGGAUAUCAACUGAAUUUAAGUAUCAAAACUGGCUGGAAAAUUGGAAAAAUUACGAAGUUAAGGCAAAGAAAGCGUCAUUGCUUUAUUCAUUUAGUUUUUGCUUGCAUAAUGAUAAAUGAAGAUCCCUAAGUCCAUUGUCAGCUUUGAAAAAAAGCAUUCCGACAGCUGAGGUUCUAGCUAAUUCUCAGUAAUAUCUAUAUUCUAUUCUUGUAAUCAGGCUUUUUAUUGUAAAUAGUUAUCUCACGUAAUUUUAGGCUUUAUACUGUAUAAAAGUUUUUGGAUUUCCCUUUUCUUUCUCUAUUAUUUUCUUUAUUUGUUUUUUUGUCUCGAGUUAUUAGCAUAUUUUGGCUAGAGGUCUAACCAACCUCAUCAAACCCGAGAUUAAAUAAAGCUUCAUUCGUUCAUUCAUUGCUGUGUCACUCAGUCGUUUUGCAGCUAAGCUGAACACAUUUUACCGUCCUUAUUAGACCCUGAAUUUUUACGUGGCACAUAAACGGAUUUGUUUCAAUAAUAUGAUAAAUUUUCCCGCUUCAACAAAAACCGAUAACAGGCUAAGGUGUUUUUGAUCAGUCUAUACGGUAGUCUCUAUCCAGCGGAUAAGUAUUAGGGAAACUAAUUGCACUAUCCACUGGAUAGUGAUUUAUCCGGUGGAUAGCGCUGUCCAGCCUUUGAACGACCGAGGCCUGAACAAUGUAAAGUUCUGUUUUGCGAAAGACUGAAAAACUAAUAGUACCGACAACGAGAACCUCUUACGACGCUUCAUUUGAGUGGUCACCCCUUAGGAUUCCAUCUACAGUCUCAAAGAUUACUAUAAUCACCUUGUACAGCAUGAUAAACAGUACUACGAGAAAGUAGUUCUCAGUAAAAUGGCAUAACCAACCAGGAAAAAAAUAAAGGAGUUUAGAAAGGAUACCAUGGUGGACUCAAAAGUUAGAACCAAUUUCUACAUCAUAGGCUGCUUACACAAAGUUAUUGGAGGGGACUACUAGCUAUGGCUUAUACAGUCUCCUCUUACUCCGUAUGAUCAUAGCAAUCGACUGAAACUACGAUGGAUGUACGUUAUAUCGACGAUCUUUCGGGGAAAUAGAGCCUCUGAAGAGUAUAACAAGGUUUAGGAUUUUGUUCAUAGACCCCGUUUGAUGACUAUUUCAGUUAAGUCGUAAUGGUCUCUCGAACCGAAAUGUUUUACUAUUUUGUCAUCAGAACCUUAGUUGACAAUUUUAAAAUUUAUCAACAGCGCUGUUGCUUUUGUAAUAAAGGCGGUGGUUAUUAUGCAAAAACGAAAAGAGACAUCGUUCACAUUUCGUUCACAUGUGUGGGAUAGAGGAAAGAGCGGUGGGGAUUACGGUUAGAUUCCUAUUGGGUGCCUGGAUUAUUAUUUUGUUUGUUGUCUCUAGUUGGUAGCGUGCUGAAUGCUUUUUUUUUCUCUGAAAGUGGUUUCGAAACCUAAAGCGGCCACCUACGCUUUUGAUUUUCGCUUUAUUACCAACGGGAGUUGUUUCAAUCCGACACCUAUUCCAGCUGCCAAAACGUCCACUUCAAAACUUAACAAAACAUGUGUCUUACAAGGUUUAAAACAUGACGUUAGAGUCAAGGCUUUGUCUAUUGCUCUGUUAUGUGAUCCCUACAGUCGUGUUGUUUUUAGUUGUGUUCAAUUUAUCCAGGUCAUUGAGUUUCACGCUGAAUAUAUAACAGCGCUUUGAUGGUAAAAUAGCUAGCAUUCGGUGUACUAAAUGUGGCCUGCGUGUAGUUUUCUAUAAUUUCCGUCGUUUCACUGGUGAAGCAAAGAAAGUAGAAAAUGUCUGCAACCAUAAGGCUUUGUUGUUUGUCAAUUGAACUGAACCAUAGACGUCGCGCAUUUUUUUUCUUUAAAGUUAUCGAAGUAGUACCAAGCGAGUGGCGUAAUCGAGAGCUGUGAGAAACGAGGGUGUGAGCUCUUGUCCCUACGCGCUCACUGUCACUAAGGACUUGACGGAUCUAAAAGAAAAGGUGGACUGCGAGCAGCCGGUCUAACUGAGCCACUGUACGGUCAAGACGUUCUUGUGAAUAAAGAUAUGCCUUUUGCUCUUGCUGCAAAAGAUAAUUUCAAGCUUGAAGAUAAAAGAUAAUAUUGAUCAAGAGCACAGUUUGCCAUUGUCGUCAUCGUGGUAUGCAGUUUUGGUAUCUUGAGAUAAUAGAAAUAAAUUGAGCGAAUUAGAAAGGGGGGUUAAGUUUCCUGGAGAUUUAACUUCCCCUUUUCUCUUUGUACCGAUAAAAAUCAAAUCAAAUCAAAAUAAUGAAAAAAAACAGAUUUUAAAGAAAAAUAUCUUGAGGAAUCUGUUCGUAAACUUUGCUUUCCACACUAUAAAUGGCUGAAAAUUUCGUGCAAUGGAAGCUGUUUCUUAUGUUGUAAAAGACGUUCAUACCCGACUUUGAAUCCGUUGUUGGAGAGUUCUGUUGACUCGUUAAAUUUUAUGUAAUUGUUCAAGAUAUAUCUAAAUUGAGAGUGGUUGGGUGAAACCUGACCUUCGCACAAUUCAUUAUUGUGCCAUACUCCUUGGUGAUACUUAAUAUUGUGUUUACUCUGUUUUGUGGAAAAUAUCCUAUUAAAAAAAUAUCUUUAAAAGGGGUGCCUUAACCUUUUUAGAGUUUAUGAAAAUUUUCAAUAGUCCGCGCCCCUGCUGAACUAUACUUUCUUUCACAGGUGUUUGAUUUCAAAUUCUUUUCAAAAACAAAAUAACUUUCUUAACUUUCCAGACAUUUUCCGACUGUACUUCCAUCAUCGUCAGCCUAGCAAGCCACACCCGGAGCACAACUGUGAUGACAUUUCACUUUUGACUCAUCUUAGCUGAUUCUCGCGUACCAAUAGAAUGUCUGAUCCAUUAGCGUUUCUGGGGUGUUGUUGCGUAAUAAACUAGUCUUUUCAAAGUGGAAGGAUAGAGGCCUCGUCCAAUUGUAUCCGUUUUGUUUGAAAACGGACUUUUUAUUGUCUAGAUAAGCCGCAAGGAAUAUCUUGAAAUUCCUCCUCCCCUCAUCUAGACUUUCUCGAUGUCCGUUUCCGGAUUUUGCCCUUCGUCUCGCGACUUCAUCGCUCUCUCUCGCUCGCUUCGCGAGCGUUCAUCGCACCUUCGGCGCCUUCUCGCGGUCAACUUGUUACAAGUCUACCAAUCAUCCGGAUUGACUAUUUCGCCGACAGAAUUCCCCAUCAAGCACAGAAAUGUCUAUAUUUGCCGAUUGUCGAACCAAGAACCGCCGGCCGAGUCCUUAUUUGUUUUGAAAAUCGUUUAACGCUUCCGAUUUUCAAUAGCGGCAGUGAAAGUAGCCUAUUUAUCUGGUAUAAGGAGAGAAAGAAACCUCAUUGGCAUUGACAGCACUUGUAAUGAGUCCACCGACCCCCCUCGUAAAUUGAAAUGAAAGGUACCUUUUCGGCGGUGACUCUUAAUUUCCCCGGAUACGUGCCAAACUACAACGGAUACAUGCGGUUAUGUUCAUCAUUUUCAAGAUCAUUCAGCACCAUACCUCUUUGAAAUACCGAAUGAUAUACUGGCACGUACGAACCUAAGCACUUAUUUUCAAGUCUUUAAUAACCAUCAACGACCCUUCGAACCUUCCCCUCAAGGAGCCACUUGAUUAUGGGGCAAUUAAUUAUCUGCCGUUGGUAAAUUGAUUGAAUGUUGAAUCAUUUUUCGUGAAUUUUUCCUUCGUUGUUUUCAAACCUUUCAGACUUUUGUCACACUUGCUGAAGUCCAUUUUUUCCCAGGAGGAAGCAGUUUUGCUUUUAUAUAUUUUUUCUGUUUUUUUUUUUUUUAUGUCGUCGAUAAAAUUGCACGCUUCCUCAGUUCUAAUGGCUCGAGAUGAAAUACUUCAUCUUCUGGUUAGCUCGUUGAUUGAACGUGCAUAAAACGGAAAUUUGUUUUUAGCAAAUUUUCAAAUUGUUGAAGGAAAUGGAAAAUCGGAUUAUGAAAGAAAGAUGGUGUCGAAAAGUUUCCUAGUCAAGGAAGAGACGAAAAGAUGACUAUAACCUAACAAAAGACAAAUUUGUUUAAAUGUAAAAAAAGAAAAAAAAACGAAAAACAGGAAGGGGAAAGUGUUUUUCCUGAAAAUGGUGGAGAAAAAACGACGCUUUAUAGUAUAUGUUUUUCACAUUUUGUUAAUCUCUAGUGAUGAAUUUUUUUGUUACACAUUUACAAAGAAAAAAGAAAGCUAUGAUAAUAAAAAAGAAUUAAGCAAACGCAAGAUGAAAUUAUUUGCAGCAUACCCUUAUAGCCAAUUUUACCUUAUAGCUCUUGGACCGACAUCGAUUGAAGCAACAACGACUGCGACAGCUACGAAAACGUCACUUAAACAGUGAAUUUGCGCUGCCUCAAACUUUAUCGCGCUUAUUCCAUCUCGUUUCAUUCGUCAAAUGUGGGCAAUUUUUUUUAAAGUUAAAUUUUAAGGACUGCAUCAAAGCUCGGGAAAAGAAAAAGAAAGUUGUUGUCUUGGGUUCCCCUCAUCGACAAAUGGUGAAACUAGGCACUUUCACGUCGUGGUCGUACGACGACGGCUAAGAAAUGUACAAAAAAGCGUGAUGCACGUGCAAACUUGUUGUUUUGCUAAUCUAUGACUUUUUGCCGUUCCCGGGGGUGGGUUUUUGAAAAAAAUUUCCAAGCGUCGUUGGAAGAAAACAAUUGCAUGCAGCACAAAUGUAAUAAAACACCAAAAAAUAUCCUGCCCACGUUUGGUGUUGACGAAAUCUUAUAAUCUGAUUUGGAUAAUAAAACACCAAGCGUUUGGUGUUGACGUCUCGAAAAUAGAAGUCUCCAAAAGAAUAAGAUGGAUUUUUUGAAGACGUAGCUUCUUGUAGCUCAAGUUUGUAUUGAGACAUGUUCGGAAGGUCAUUCCUCGUCAUCAGUGAAACAUAAAAUUCAACUUUGAAUGUUAUGUUUCACUAUGAAAGAAUGUAAGUUAAUUAAAGGAGGUCACACUUUUGGGCAAAAAUGCAAAAUGACAGAGCUGGAAUCGAAGUCUUUUUUCUCGAACCCUGCUGAUUGAUCAUGUCCGAAAAAUUAGAACAAGUCUGGAAGAUUGAAAAAAGUUGUUAUUUCUAAGAAUAUCUAUGCUGUUGCUGCUCUCUAAAUUUUUUCCACUGCAUUGUUUUUAAGAUCUAACACGCUCUAUCGGACAUUCUUCAACUGUCAGUUUUAUUCACCUGUGCGUGCAGACCAUUUCCCAAAGGAGCAUCAUUAGCUUUGGGAGAAUAGUUUUUGCAGUUGUCAUGGUUUCACAUCGCCCCGCUUUGUGAUUGAUUUAGCACAUGUGUCGUGUCACCUUCUUAACCAAUCAGAAUUACCCAAUCGUUAGAAAGUGUCUCAUCCGCGUCUGAUACCAGCUUCAUGACAUCGUCAGCUGACAAAGUUAUUAGAAUCCAAUACCGUAUGGCACUACGAUUAAAACAUGUUUAAAACUCUAAGAAGCUAGUAAUUUAAAACGCUUUUUUCAUCCUGGACAGUUUUCUCCUUCGUGACCUUCAUUUAUAGAACAAAAUAAAACCAUGAUAUAUUUAACCACGUAGCACCUAAGGGCUUAUACAAGAACUUGUUAAAAUGUGUGCGCAUAUAGCCAGGAAGCUUUACCAUAGACAUUCAGACUAUUGACUAGAAAACCAUGUUCCUGAAUAACAAACUAACGCGCCUUUGCCUAAAGUAUUCAUUGGCACAUUGGGGGGACAAAAAGUAUGUAAAUCUGAGACUAUAGGGCUUUUUAAACUUGUGUACAGUUUGUCUGAAAUUUACAAGGUCCUUUCUUUUUGGCAAGGGCUUAACAAAAUGCCUGUAAAUAUGCACUUUUUGGGUGUGCCUAUUUCUUGAUCCAUUGCGUGAGAAAACUCGGUGACUUCUUAUCAUGCCCUCUGUUUUUCAGACGACAUGGCGUUUUUUUUUCUUUUUAAUUUCGCUCCUUUUUUUUCAAGCGUGUACGUCUCUGUUUUUCCCGGCAAUGUUUGCACAAACAAACUAUACUACACGUGUCAUACGAUAAAAACGUGACAAAUUGUUUAUAAAACGAGGCUACCGCGGCUUCAUGAUGUCUACUAGUACCAUUGUCACCCUUGAGAAAAACAUGGAUUGUUUAUAAGUUCUAUACGCCCCUGGCCUUAUAUGGUUUAUUUUGCUUGUUCACUCGUGCGAAAAAUCUGUACCUCGUGAGAAAACAUACCGUUGGUAUAUUUUUGCGACUUUGCUUCAUUUUCUCAUGUGAAAUUCUUUUGAAGAUAAUGUGCUAGUUAUUUUAACCAUAGUUUUAACGAAGUCGAACGUCAUUUAGACAGCUGUUUUAAUAUACAAUAGGUUAAAGAGCUCCAGAUCGAUUUAUACUGAUGUGGGUAUUAUUUCAAGGAAAUGAUUACUCUAGUCUACCUGUUAAACCUUCCCGUCAUUGUUCACGGCCUAUAAUGUUACGAUGUUAGGGUUUAAAAAUUGAAAAUGGCUUAGAAUCGUAGGUAGACAUCGCCGACUUGAUUUGUUUCAGUCAGGCCACUUUUGUGACCCCCAAGAGACUUUGUUUUUCAAAGUUAAACUAUGAGCUUAGCUUAAAAUACCAGACGGUUUUGGCGAAUUUUGGGCCGUUUUCCCUAGUAAAUGAAACUAGUUGUGGUUCUCUGUUUAUAAACUUUUAAAAUAAAGAGAUGAUGAGUCCCCGUUGUAGAAAAAAAUUUGCCUGUACAAAUGUGUAUAUUCAAAACCCACAGGCCACAAAAAAACGUGGAAAUCAAAAGAACUGUCUUGACAUUUUUAAGAAGCGGGAGUCUUUUCUAGAAUAAAGAUAGAAAGAUACGGAAUUCUUAGCAUACUGAGACAAAAUGAGAUGAUCCUAGAAAAAACAAGCUUUCUUCAGUCUUGUAUUGUAUAGACAUUUGUUCACGGAAGCGCUCCUUCCUAGAGCGGACACACCCUUAUUUCUUUGGAUGAACCGCCUCAUAAAGUAUAUUUCCGAUCGUCUCCAUCGCAUUCCUGCUUUUGUAUUUGAUUUUCCGACUGACUCAGACAGCAUGUAUGCCGAAUGGUAUUCCGGUAAUUCCGGAUUGGGUUUAGUUUUUGUCAAUGAUUUUUUAGUCAGUCUUAGAUAUCUUUAGUGUCACGAUCGAUUUUACCUUCUGCUGCUCACAUGGGCUUCUGUUGCGUAUAAAACAAUUAUGUUUUCUAUCGCAGCCUUGCACCCCUUUGAUGAGCCGAAUAUUACCCAAGAUACUGGCCAAGUGCUUCUAGUUAACCAGUGUAUACUAUACUAGGUUCCCUAGCUCUUGAGUGAAGUUGUUGAAUUUACGUGGGAAAUUCAUUUGACUUGUUUGCUUCGCAUCCUCCACAUCCUGUGUGUUUGAAAUUGUCGGGUUUGUUGUUGUUCCUCGUAAAAAGGGCACAAAGAAAGUCCAUUUUUGUGAAAGUUGUUAAAUUCCAAGGUUAGAAUUUUCAUUGCGCGCUACUGAUCUUUCAUCCAUCAGUAUAACAAACAGCGCCGCAGGAGAACUCCGCUCGUUUGAAUGUGGUUGAACUUCAAACUUUAGAGUUAGAUCAACUAAGGUUUAUCGAACACAAACAGCAUAACAAACAGUACGACAGUCAAUUUUUUUCCAUAAUUUGUUUUAUUGGAAUAUAUAUUUUAACGAUUUCCUUCAAAGGGGUCGAAGCUAGAUUUGUCUUUCAUCUUGAAGCAUCGUAAGUAUGAACUACCUUGUACUGAAUAAAGAAAAACACUGCUCAAUAGCUUUGUUUUGAAUGGUUACACUUUAGGAUUUCAUGCUUAGACUCAAUAGUUCUAGAAUUACCUUUCAUUUCAUGAUAAACAGUACUACGGUAAAGUAUUACCAAGUAGCUUCAGUUCAUUUGAGUGACCACACUUUUAGAUUCCAUCCAUAGACUCAAUAGUUAGAACCACCUUGUAGAGCAUAAUACAUAAACAGUAACAUCGGAAAGUACUGCUCAGUAGCUUUCUUUUGAAUAGUCACACUGCAGGAUUUCAUCCACAGACUCAAUAGUUAGAACCACCUUGCAGAGGAUAAUAAAGAGUAACAAUGGAAAGUACCGCUCAAUAGCUUUCUAUUGAAUAGUCACACCACAUGAUUUUCAUGCAAAGGCUCAAAGUCGGGACGAAAGUCAGAACCGCAACUUGUACAGCAUAAUAAACAGCACCACAGGAAAGUGCUGCUCGGCAUAGCUUUCAUAUGAAUGGUCAAACUUAAGAUUUCAUGUACAGACUGAAAAGUUAGAGCCAUCUACGACAUAAACAUCCCCGAAAAGCUCUGAGACCACUAUGUUGUUCCUGCUGAAUUUGUUCACUUGUGUUUUAAAACUUGUUAUGUUCAACGUUUACCAUAUCUGAAGCAUUUUACCGUUUGAUGAGAACAUUCUAUUAAAACACACACAAAAAGCUGACUUCUUACUUGAUUUCUUUAUUUAGCAAUGGCGCGUGGAUACAGUUCAUUCCGACUUUCUGAUCGACAUCGCACUUGAUCGCCAUCUUUCUUUAGUGACCGUGUGUUCAACUUCAUUUUGAACUACUGUAGUUCUUGGUUAUCUCUUCCGGCAACCGAGCUCCUUUCUAGUUCUUCAUUCCUAGCUGGUCGCAUCAUUGAGGAAGUUGUAACUGCAAUAGCGAAAUACAAGUGAAGCGGAUCACGACAACUGAUCCGUGUUAAUGCUGUAUGUGUAUAUAUCAAUUAACAGUCAACAAAAGCAUAGCGGGCCUUCUCGAUCACUUGCUUUAGUUGUUUUGACCGUUGAAACAUAACUAUUGUCCAAAAUUAUUGGGCGCUUUACAAGGUGGGUGGCCUGUUCAAUCCAUGAUCAUCUAUAAAUAAGUUAUUAUCCAUGUGAGUUUGCGGAUACGCUGCCUUUAAAGAAGGCGAGCUCUGUCUGCUCUCGCUGUUUCAAGCUGCGAGCAAGCGGGUGAAGACGGAGCGUGGAAAUCACGCGCGUCAAUCGCGUUUCGGGCGAUAAACGGUUCCACAGUUUCAUAUACAGAGUCAAGUUAGGCCUUGAACUGCAUACAGCCCCUUUAAAAGCUUAAUAGCUUAGAAGGAUGUGUAAAGAUUGUUUUAUUGGAAAUUUUAGGUGAUAGACUGACUAAAAACUUGGUAUCGCUUGGUGGGGUGUUAAGGGGUUAGAGUUAAGAAAUAUAUAGUUUAAUUUUGAUUACAAAAAUGCAACUUACACGCGAUAUUUGCUUUAUAAAGCCUAUUAACAAAGUACACAUGAUAACGCUGAGAGAUGGUGGAAAACCGACAAGUUACGAACAAAUAUUAUGUAGUUCACCUGUUCUUUUUACACACAUUAGAUACAAUCAUCCUCUAAUAACUGUUAUCGUGGCUCUUGCACCUAAAACCAUCGCGUGUUUUAUUAUUUCUUGUUGUAAAAAAUUGUUAUCGUUUAUCGUUCAUAUAUAUAAUUAAUACAUGUAUUUUUGUUUUAAAAAUACGUUUACUAUAUUGCUUUUGGAAUAACAUCCGCUGAUACGCGGUUAAUCGUUUGAACAUAUACAUUCUUUGUUGGAAAGAAAGCCAACUUCGUUUAAGUUUUAAGACCACAGGUGGCAGUGUCAAGACUUUUCGAGUCGCAAUUUUCUGACAAAAGUAUCUUGAAACAGUCGAAGCGAUAGUCAUCUUUAAAGUAUUAGUUUGGAACAAUCAACGCACGCUAUAAAUAUAACACAGUAAGCUACGAGGGGCGGUUAUUGAAUCAACCAAGUCCAACUAGACCGUGGUUUAAAGAGUCGUUGGACCUCCAGAUAUGUUUAUUGAUGGUUAAUUCCAAGGAGUUAUCCUUCCAGUCUGCCCUAUAUGCCUUCUUGACCCUCCUAAACGUCGUUUAGAUAUUUGGGUUGGCCAGUUCUGAAAAUGUACCGAAAGGAUACGAAUGCGGUAGCAGCGAAGAUGACUACUAAACCGAGUAGGAGUGCACGUUGUCUCGUUUAGGGGGUGUAAAUUGCAGUUCACUUUAGGGCAAGGCGUAAACUGAGAAGUGAAGAAUAAUGGAGGACAAAACUAAGAGGAAAAAGAAACAAUCAAGCACAAUAUCUUACCACAAUUAAAGUUAUUAUAGCAGUGUAAUUUGGUAUUCUGUCUAACAAGGUAUCUUUGGGCUCAAUUAAAGCUUUGACCACGCCCUGAUUUACGGGUAUAAUUCCCCGGCGUUCCUGUCGAACGUGGGAGUCACCCCUCCCCCCCCCCCCGCCACCUCACCCCCCACCUGCGCUUACAAAGCAAGGAGGAGAUCACAUGGGUCACAACAAGGGUUUCUUUUAACAGGCUUACUUUUAAAUACAUCCACAGAACCAAUCGCUAUGGAAACACCUUGCGUAGGGUACAGAGUGCUGUUUGAAUGUACUUUUAUUUUAUUUUUAUUUCUGUUCUGGUCGCAAUACAGAAUUUCCUCUUCCGACUAGUUUAUUAGACUCGAUAUUAGUUUUUAACAGCAAAAAUAGAUUUAACAAGCUGUUAUUAAAAGCUAAAUUUCGAUCAUGCCCCUUUUGUGUAGUCGUACAAGGCAUUCCGAACCAAAAUUUACAUCUCUAUCGUUAAAAUAAUUGUUCUAUCUCGUCAGCAAUGUUGAUCUGCUGUGAAGUUCGUUUGCAUGGCAUGCAAAACGCUUUUGACACAAAAAAUAUCGGCGGUCUUAUUAAAAAUAUCCCUGUCAAGAUGUAUCGAUGUUACGAUAUUCUGGAUAUUAACGCAGAAGAAACAUUUCCUCCGCUUGUUUACCAUUAAAACGUCUAAUAGUAACAAUAUUACGCGGAAUUCUUUUUUGGCUAUUUAAAGAAUUAAUGGGCUGCUGUAAACAUGUCUGCGAGAAAUGAGCAGCAUCAGACUAGCCACAGGUAGCCCAAGCACGGUAUGUGAGAUAUUGCCUAAUCUCUAGCAACGUCCCCAGCGGCGAGAAACCAUAAUCUCAAAAUGGGCACCCCGUUAUAGAUUUCAUAAGAAGAGAUUUAUUCGCCAAAGUUUUCAAUGAAAACCGUCUUCAUAUAUUUACAUGGUGUGUUCUUGCCUCCUGUGUGAUUAUUUUCCGUGCGAUUGUAGCAACUGUCGCGAAUAAAUAUCUUGUACGGCUCGCCAGGUAGGAAUGCCCCACAGAAACACCGAAAACCAAAAGCCUAGAAGGGGGCAUCAUAUAGAGAAGACAGAAAAGUAGACAGCUUAAUAUGAUACCUGAUGAAAUACGUUUAUGUCGUCGAAUGCACACGUUUGUGCAUUUUUGCCUAAUUACGUAAACUUUCGAACGAGAAAACGAUUGCCUCACACAACCAUUGCACAGCUGUGAGAAAAUUUAGCUUGUUUAGCGCGCGCUAACUUUGGCUGAGCGGUCCCGCCCCCAAGACAGAGCUAACCGAACGUUUUUGGAAGAGACCUCCCCUUCGUAUCAGCUCUCUUUCGUCUAGCCUUCGAAAACACCCGUUUCUCCUCGCUCCUGGCUGCGAGGAGCGAGGGUGGUUUUUUCAGAGAACUGCGCGAAGCUUCUCGCGAGGAAAGACAGCUGUAUUCGCAAGCCACCAUCUUUUUGGUGCUGGGUUUUAGAUCAAACACUCUCAUCUCGUGUUUGAUAUAGCUUCUCAGCCGAACUAUAGGUUUUAACGAAAAGCUGAGAAAAAAAAAAAACUUUUUUGUCAUUUUUGAACGUCCUUGAUAGUCUUUUUCAGUAAGGUUGUAAUUAUGCCCUUUCAGAUUAUGCGAUCGGUUAUAAAACCUCGCAUCCAAAACUAAAAGAACUUUUGCAGUUUUGCACGUAGUAAGAAAUUUUUGGCAUUUUCGUUAAACUUUAUUCUUUUUAUAUACCAUUUUAGGUAUUGAAUUUUCAUAAACUCUGGAAAAAUGUUUAAACUAUGAGCCUGAGGAAUUUCACGAUCUCGAAUCUUAUUUUACCUCUCAUUUGAACACGUGACUGAGAAUGUGACGGUCGCAGAAGAAUCCUAAAGCUCUUCAGAGUACUCUUGUUUGUAGCCUUACUGACAGUAAAAAUACAUUCAUCUUUACAUUCAUUUUCCAUCCCCCUGGUAAGCUAAACAUGAUUUUCCUUUAUUCCUUGCACAUACCCUGAUACAUAAAGCGUAAAUAACGAAUGGUCGUUUAAGUUUAUAAAACUAAUUCGAAAAGCUGGUUAACUUGCAUAACACAGAUUGAUUUACGCUGUGCGCGAAAGACGCGUGCCACGUGCCCACGUGGUUUUCUAAGGCGUGAAUCGUGCGCUAUAUUUUUUAACGUUGCUUAGGUGGAUAUCUAUUUUUUUUUCCCAGCCUUGUUGUUGUUGUUGUUUUGGCGGGGGAAACUGUUCAGACGAUUUUCGAGUCAUCGUUGUUGGAAAAGCUGCGCAAAAGAUUCUUUAAAAACGUUGGUUUGAUCACGUACGCUAUACGAUAGGUGUAAGAUCGUUCUUUAGUUCAGAUGUUUUCCGCAUUAUCGCAUUUUCGAGGCGAUUUAGGUUUUAGGUUACAAGAAAAAAAAUACAAUGUAAUAUAGUCGCACAUUAUAAAAAAAAGAUAUUGUGUAACAAAAUUAAGCAAAAAGAUCCUUUAUAACAUUGUAAACCUACCUGCAAUUAACACGUUUAAACAUUUAAAUCUCGAAAUUCCUCAACUUAACCUAAAAAACACGUAGCUAUUCAGGCAUGAGUUUCCUGUGGUGCUAUUUGUUGCACUUUCUUGGGUCUGGUUGAGGUCUCAUAAGCGUGACUGGGCAACUUGUGGAGUAGUGGUUUUUCUUACACCAGUUGUAAAAGGUGUUGCAGAAAUUGUGGCCUUCAACGGCGAUGUUCUUUCUUAUGGAGCUUUAAGGCUGCAAAAAUCGUAAAGUGUAACCAUUACUACUAAGUAAUUCAGCAGAGAGGCCACGUAUGGGAAUCUCAAACACGAAGAGCCCAUCAUUUAGAAGCUGGAGCCACCUUCUGCCACGGUAGACUCGAACCUGGACUUGACACUCCAAUCUUACUUUUAAUGAUCUUUUUUUUUGUAAUGUUCGUAAGCGAAACAAUGUCUCUUGCCAGGUCUUUCCUUUCUACAUAUCACUUACAAAGAAUGGAUUUGAUAACUAUUUUGAUAUGCCUUUGUAAUCUUAACUUGUGGUUUACGGUGAUCCAUUGGGAAAUAAUUAGUUCCACAUUUGUGUCUGUAUCGCGUAAGACUCUUACAUUUAUAAGCGCCGAAAGAUCAGAGCCCGUUGUUAUCGUAACUUCACACUUAGGUCAUUCGUGCAAUUAACAUUCAUGUAUUUUUUUCGCUCGAAAAUAGACAACACAACUCAACUUGAUUUUUCUUUUUAGCCUUUAAAACCCUCAGAAGAGAAACCUUUGUUUCCUAUCAUUUACACCCGUAAAAGAUCCCGCUUGUGGUUAAUUUGAAGAUCUUUGAACUAUACUAAUGGAAGAGAAAACGCUCUUGCUGAAAACUUGUCUUUGCAAACACAAGCCUACGUAUAGUUCAUUGUACAGUUAUAGCAAUGAAAUUAUUAGGUAUAGAUAUCCACUGAAAGAUUUCUUUUAUGCGAGGUGGUCAGCAAAUGACCCUAUUUGUCGGAUUAAAACCUCUUCAGCUAAGACUUUUUUUCGCUUCAAAGGAAGUAAAAAAGAGUACGCAACAGUCGAAAUUACGCGCUGUUCCUUUGUUGUAUCUAGGAAGUGCUGUCUUAGGUUCCCUUAAGUUUUGUGAUUAUAAUUUUUUCUCUUUUUCCCGCUGAUUUUGCAGUUCUAAAGAAUUUCUCCCUCUACUGUUCCCUAAGCCAUAGUUUGCUCAGCUAGGUUAGUGAAAGCCAGUAAGUCAGAGAUAGAUCUGAUACUUUCCAGCGAAACAACUAUUGAUUUUAAAUGUCCCUUUUCUUUUUAGGACACUUUAUUUUGCGUGGUGGCGGCCUAUGGCGUUUUUUACUACUGACCUUAGUCUACGCCACGUUUCUGUUGGCCAGCGUCGCCGGUCCCCCCUGGAAUUAUCAAGCAUAAGAACAUCAUUAUUGUAAAUAUAAAUAUUAGUUUAUGUAAAUAGAUCAUUUGGGUACGUGCGUGCGUGAUGCACUGUUCUGACUACGGACAACGCCCUCACCCCUCCUCUGCCAACCUGAAAAAUAAACAGUACACACAAACAAGCAAAAAGGAACAUGAUAUGUCAUUAGUGGAAUCGUUUCGUUUCUCAAUUUCUUUGCAGUGUAAGUUACUAUACUCGGAAAACAUUGGACGUUAAUUUUUGCAAGGAUUGAUAGCAAUAUUCUAAGCAUACUAUUUAAAAACUCUUGGCUGGCACUAAACAAAAUCAUUAUUGAGCAGUAAAACUACCAGUUUCGAAUUUCUGUGACUUCUUUGCAAUCAUUUUCCCUUUCCUCAAGAGGAAUUAAUGCGCGAGCUCACUUUUCCCUCGUAAUCUGUGUUAUCUGAGGGAUAUCUCGCAUUGGGAUUAACACGAAGUUUUCGUUAAUCCUAGUACAUAGUGAGUCAGGGAUUAGACAUUACAAAUAGAUCACGAUGUACAUUUUUUGUUAUAACUUUCGUUCAGUCACAUUCAUCGUAUAAUAAAGUUAUUAGACCUGAGGUACUUAAGCCUUGACUCAAAAUCACUUCUUCUUGGUUCUACGCAAAUUCUCAUUGCAUUGGUUUCUGCCGCACAAAAUGUGCUAUCACUCGGUCUUAUGAAUUUCACUUAUCAGUACCAUAGUUAAUCCAGCUUGGUUGAUUUUAAUCGUUUUCUUUUUGUGGCCAUAUUAAUC